AUGAAGAUCAUCUCUCUCAUAAAAUCAAUCAAACACAAACCGCAUCUUCUCCAACUCCACUCCUUCCUUCUCCGCUCCUCCCAUUUCUCAAACCCCACCGUUUUCCUCGCCUUCCUCUCCCGCCUCUCGCUGCUCGAUUUAUCCUACUCCGGCAGACUCUUCUCCGCCUUCCCAGACCCCAACAUCUCCCUCUACAACAUCCUAAUCAGGGCCCAUUCCUUCCGCCGCGAUUCCUCCCGCAGAGGUUUCCAAUUCUACCAUGAAUUACUUCGCUCCGGCAUUUCACCAAACGCGUUGUCAGCAACCGCCGCCGUCAAGUGUUGCGCGAAGAUGGAGUCCUUGAGAAGCGGGACGCAGGUCCACGGAAGGAUUUGGAGAGACGGGUGCCUAUCCGAUUCGCUUUUGCAGACAACAUUGAUGGAUUUCUACUCAUCUCUGGAGGAAGGUGACGACGCCUGCAAAGUGUUCGACGAAAUGCCUGAGCCAGACGUUGUCGCUUGGAACGUCUUGAUCUCUUGCUACACUCGCAACGGGCGAACCCGCGAUGCCUUGGCUUUGUUUGAUGAGAUGAGAAGGUCGGAUUCAUGUAUCCCCGAUGACGUCACUUGCUUGCUGAUGCUUCAAGCUUGCGGCAGCUUGAAUUCGUUGGAAUGGGGCGAGAAAGUUCACACCUUUAUCAUAGAACACGGCUUGAUCGGUUCGAGAAGAGUCUCCAACGCCCUCAUAACGAUGUACUCCUGCUGCGGCUGCGUCGAGAAAGCGUUCGAGGUGUUUCGCCGCUCGGCUGAUCAGGGGGACGUCGUUUCGUGGACCGCGAUGAUCUCGGGACUAGCGAGCAACGGCUAUGGCAGGGACGCUGUUGAGGCGUUUGAACGGAUGCUGCGCGAAGGGGUCUCGCCAGGUGAGCAGACGUUCACGGCUCUGUUAUCCGCGUGCAGCCACUCAGGGCUUGUGGGCGAAGGCCGGAUGUAUUUCCAAUCGAUGACGCCCGAUUUUGGCGUCACGCCUAAUGUCCACCACUACGGGUGUAUGGUGGAUCUCCUCGGCCGCGCAGGGCUGCUGGACGAGGCCUACGGCCUCGUCCGUUCGAUGAAAAUCAAGCCGGACGCAACAAUGUGGAGGACGUUGCUCGGAGCCUGCAGGAUCCAUGGCAAUGUUGGCCUCGGGGAGCGAGUAAUCGAGCAUCUCGUUGAACUCAAGGCUCAAGAAGCCGGGGACUACGUGCUCCUUCUCAACAUAUAUUCGUCGUGUGGGGAUUCGGACAAGGUGAUGGAAGUUAGGAAAGCUAUGAAGGAUAAGGGGAUUCACACGACGCCCGCUUCUAGCACGAUCGAGUUGAAGGGGAAGGUGCACGAGUUCUUCGCGGACGAUAUUUUGCAUCCGCGGAAGAGGGAGAUCUACGAGAUGCUCGGAGAGAUCAUCCAGCAGCUGAGGAUUGGUGGCUACGUGGCUGAGAUAUCCUCGGGGAUGCAAAGGGCUGAAUCUGGGAGCGAGGUGUAUGUCUUGUCCUACCAUAGUGAGAAACUCGCGGCUGCUUUCGGGAUUCUCUCUACGCCCCCCGGGACUACGUUGAGGAUUGCGAAAGACCUGAGGAUAUGUGUGGAUUGUCAUAAUUUUUUCAAGAUUCUGUCUGCGGUGUACAACCGGAGAGUGGUGAUCAGGGAUCGCGCUCGUUUUCAUCACUUUAGGGACGGGGUUUGCUCUUGCAACGACUACUGGUAA